CAAGGUGAAACUGAAGUUUCCUUCGGUGUUGAUUUUUGCAACGAUUAUAUUAUCUAAAAAGGAGAUACUUCUCAUUGAAUUCCGUAUGAGGUGAUAUUUAUUCAUCAGAGACAAUGUCAGAUAUUUUGUGCUCGUGGCUGAACCGUGAACUAGGGCUCUCUGAAACCGUAGACGCCAAGAACGUUUCCAAGGAUUUCUCAAAUGGCUACCUAUUCGGAGAGAUACUUAAUAAAUAUCAGAUGCAGGAGGAUUUUCAUAUGUUUCUGAAAAGCGAUUCCUCCAAUGCCAAAACCAAUAACUUUUCUCGGCUUGAGCCAAGUUUUAAGCUUCUGGGGGUCAGCUUCAAUAAGAGCACAAUCCAAGAUCUGAUGAAGGAGAAGCGCGGUGUCGCCACAAACCUUCUUUACCAGCUCUACGUCGCACUAGAAGAGAAGAAGCCUGCAGGAAUCAGCCGUGUGGUGAAGCUGCCCACCCUGCAGAAAAGGGAGUCUGAAAUCCACUCCAAUCAACGUCCUCCGGCGGUGUCAGCCAAAGAAGACCAGGGUCUUCCGGAAAUUACCCAGGAUAAUGAAGGUAAAGACCACCAACUGGAUGAUUUGUCUAAGGGGAUCCUACCUCAUCAACACAAGAAGCUACCCAAAAUCCAAGAUGAGAGAAAACUAGAAAAGAGCGAGAAGGGUGUUCUUCAGAAUUUCGAUGACUUGAUUCUGACCAAUGCGAAGCUGCUAAAGCCACUGCACUCCAGUGCAGAUCUCAGAAAAAAAAAGAAGCAGGAGCAGCUCAGAGAAAAAGAAGUUCAGAUGGUCCAGGCUGAAAUAGCCAUGUUUGAGGAGAAACAGCACCAACUUGCUAAAUCUAGUUAUGUGACCUUGUCAUGCCCCAGUGACCAAACCAUCCCCGCAGACUCUUCCCUUAGUGCCGUCAUACAGGACACCGACGUCCCUGCAGAUAAACCAAAUAAAGUGGCAUUACAGUCCAAUGCCAAGUAUAUAGAGGGCAUCCGGCAGCAGCUGAAGGAGAACGCUAUGGCUCGAGAGGAGAGACAAAAACGAGUAGACAGAUUUCUGAUGGAGCAGUAUAAAGCGCGUGAAUCUCAGCAGGAGGCGCAGCUUGAAGAGCAAAUGGUGCGUCGUCUGACUCGUCAGACGCAGCAGGAGCAGCGUUUGGCUGAACAGCUGAUGCAGAUACGGAGGCAGAAAGAGGUGAUUUUGGAGAAUCGCCUGUUCAGAGAGGAGCAGUACAAGUGUCAGAGACAAAAGGAUUUUAAGGAAGCUCUGGACAAGGAGGCGGUUCUGGCUCAGCAUGCCAAAUUGGCUCGAGCAGAAGAGAUCGAAAAGGAGAUUGAAUUUUGCAAGAUGGUAGCUGCGGAGCGUGCUCUUGAAAAACGCUUGAAGCACUACGGCAUCUGCUCAGAGAUUUUGGGACAGAUGAUAGACAUGGCAGUCACAGUCGGAGAAUAUCGCCAUAUCACAGAGAAUCUUGUUCCGGAGAAGAAGUAUAAAGAGUGGAAGGAGCUGUUCGUUCGGGGUAUUCCCUUCUACGAUCCACAGCAAGACACUGAGCCAGAGAUUGGAUUCUUGGAAACAUUGAGCUCCUCGGAGCUUAAGAAAGAGGAGGUACUCAACAACCUGGAUUAUGAUGAAUACACUAAUAUGGUUGGUGUGUGGAUGGGGCCAAAGGAUAUAGAAGAAACAAGGUUACCACCGAGCACCAACGACAUUCUCGCAUAUGCUAUCCAUCGAAUUAAAGGUAUUGCUCAUCCAACCGUUGUGGAACCGGCCACGACCGUUCCUCUAUUUUCUAUCAAGUCCUGCAUCCAGGGCAAGGUUUGCCAAUGCAAGAGCAAAUGUCUGGCCAAGAUUGUUGAAGGUUUAAAAUCUUUAAAGAAAAAAGAUUUUCGUAUCAAGGCCUGCGUCCUGGGCAAGGCUACCUCAGGCAAGACCACAUCUCUGGCCAAGAUUGCUGAAGCACAUGGCGUCACUGUGUUGUCGCCUAACACACUGGUUGAAGAGGCGCUGAGGUCUGUCAGAGAAGGAGAGAAGGCUGCAGAUCAGCAGGAGGAGAAGGAGAGCGAGCUGCUUCCUAAAUCCCCCACACCAGUUCCGUCAGAGGGCACUCGACUUUCAGUGGAUGGCGGUCGACCUUCACUGGACGAAAUUUCACGGUUGUUUCCUAGCAAACUAGAAGAAAAAAGAGAAUGUAUUAACAAAAUGGCCUCGAUUGCAGCGUUAGUAGAAAGGGAGCUGAGGAAAGGAAAUACCAUUCCAAAUGAGCUGAUAGUGGACAUUUUAGUUGAAGCAAUAAGUCAAGUUCCAGCUCAGACAGGUUGGAUCCUGGAUGGCUUUCCAAGUAACAUCACUCAAGCCCAAUUGCUGGAGAAAGCUUUGGGUGGGUUUGUGGAAGAAGAACAAAGCACUGAAGCCAACACAUAUGAACUUGUUCCUAAUCCAGAGCACCUCAAACCACCAACACCUACUCUGCCUGUCCUGGACGUGGCUCUUCUGCUGGAUAUAUCUGAUGAGUGUGUGGUUAGAAGGGCAUCCGCUGAUAAAGAUGCUGAUGCUGCUGCUGCCACAACACCCUCCCAACCAGCAGGCACCACCACGUGGACUCCACACAUUACACACAGAAUUGCCGCUUUUCAGGAAACCUGGCCAGAGCUAGAGAAGUGGUAUGGUGAGAAGCAAAACAUUUUGGUUAAUAUCAACGCUGAUGUGGAAGAGGGGGAACUUUAUAGAAAAGUGGAGUCUGCCCUGUGUGAGGUUAUGAAAGAGCAAGAAGAAGCUCCUGCUGAAGAGGAAAUCCCAAAAUAUCUGGAAACAAGAAGGAGUUCUAGAGCCACGAGGCGGGGAAGAGAUUCCAUUGCUGGGCUUCAUUCUGACGAUGGUUUGUCUGAUAUCAUACCAAGAAGGAGGUCCAGCUCCAUCUUUAAGUCAAAGCAAGUCUCCGUUGAUCUUAAUGAAGACAUGUCGAUGGACAACACAAGAAGCAUAGAGAGAAGGAGUUCUGGAAAGUCCAUCUCCAGCCUCAGGAAGGGAAAAGACACAAGGUUUUCUGACACUGUGUCAUUGUCCACUGGGUCUAUUGACGGACUCAACGACAGCACCCAACCGACAGGAUCAUUCACAUUAAAUCCUCUCUACGUAAACGAACCUCUGUCUCCACAAGUACCUGAGUACCUGUGUUCACACUGGAAAGAUGUCUGUCAAUCUUAUGUAAACGGCAUAAAGCAUGUAAUGCAGCAGCUGCGUUUACAGCUCACUCUUAUUGAUCGCCACCUCUUCAACGUCAGAGAAAGAUACAACCACUUUCUGACUUGCCCUGACUUGAAGCAGGAGUUAGUUUCUCAGUGGCAGAAGGUCUUCAACAGCGUACCAGACGACAUGAGAGAAGACGAGGAGACCAAAGCGGAGCUUCAUCUGAGGCUGGAUGAGCUGCAGGAACGCCUGUGGGACAUUACCGACAAGCGUAAAGAAGAAGACAAUCAGGAGAGGUCGGCUUUCAUGUAUGAUGGAUGGCUGGAGGAGCAAGCAUCAUUGCUCACCAAUCACUACUCUAUGAUGAUACAGACAGAAAUGAACCGUUUCCGUGAAACACUCUGUACCCUAGAGGUCUACUACUGGGGCAUGAACAGACAAAUACCACUUAGGAUAUCUCCCAAAGAUUUCAGUAUCACACUGCUGAAAGAAACGGGAGCUGAAGAUCAGGACAACAUUUCGGAGCCAUUGAGCAGUGUUGUGAAGGACCAGAUGAGCGAUAAAAAACUACCCCCUGACACCACGAAGUCUUCCUCUAAGCUGAUAGAGAAUUUAUUUCGGGGGAAACUUUUAAGUGACUACGAAGAGGCUCUUCAAGCUAUUCAAACUAUCAAGGACAUGGUGUCAGUAGAAUUCCAGCAGAGAGAGGCAGAAGUGCCGGAAGAGGUCGUAGAAGAAAAAGAGACCGUAUCAAAGAAGACUAGUCCAAAAAGUUCUAAAAAGGAAAAGCAGUCACAAAAAAAGCAUUCAGCAGCACCUCCACCAGUAGUGGAGAUUCCACCCCCAAAACCUCCAGAAAAAACUCAAGAACAAGAAAUUAGAGAGAAAAUAUAUAAAGAAUUUACAGCUGCUGUGACUCUUGAGGAAAAUUCAAUCAAGGCUCGUCUUGAACUGGUGAAAGACCGCGGUCUGACGAUGAUCAACUCCCUGGAAAACAAAGUGCAUGAGACUUUUAACAAAAUGGAGAAGCAGUUUGAGUCAUGCUAUCUGUCGGAAAUGGAGUGUAUUGACCAGCUUGGAGAAGUGGUUCGCCACCACAUAGAGGCUUCCAGUAAGCUGCAGUACGAGCUGGUGAUGGAAGACCGUGACUUCUAUUUGAACGGAGAUUGUCUGUUGGUUCCGGGUGUGGUUCUUCCCCCGCGUCCGCCUCCCGUGGAGAGAUCAAAUCGGUCCAUACUGACGAUUGCUCAGUUGGAAUCACUCUUCAAUCAUCUGUUCAACAUGGCUCCAUCAGGCUUUAUGUCCAGCUCUGACUUUUUUUAUUUUUUCCAAGAUUUGGUCUCUAACAGCACAGGCAGGAGCAUUGUGCCUGAGGCCUGGACAGAUAUGAUUGAAAUGCAGCUGUUAGAGAUCAAUUUUUUGCUAACUGAUGAAUGUGAGCUGAUAGACUGGCGGCGCUUUCUGCUCAGCGCUACUCUCCCGUGGCAACUUCCGUCUCUGUCACAGCUGCUGUAUUUGUUGAAACAAUAUAAGGAAGCAGAUUAUAAUGACACUGGAUAUAUAAACAAGGAACAGUACCUACAGGUAGAGUUGUGGUUUUCUGGUCAGAGCGUCCAGAAGGUUCCUGAGGACCCUUUAGAGCCUCUCCCCUACAACCGUUCAUGCAACCUGCAGAAGUUCUUUUUCCAGAUGUUUGCAGACCAUUCCUUCUCCCCUCCUCUGAUGGAUUAUAUGUCCAUGCUGCAGUACUUUGCAGCCAGCCCACUCCCCAAACAGGGUUUUAUCAGAGCACUUAGCAUAGUGUUGGGGAAACAUCUCCAGCAGCCUUUACUGAGCCUUCUCGUAAAUUCUCUGUCUGGCACGGAAGAAACCGCAGAGCCCACAACCUUCAAGUUCACUGAAGACUACAAAGAUGAGGAUGCUCUGUUUUCGUCUUGCAGUUUUUUUAAGGACGAGGAAGUUCCCAUUUCUGCUCUGCUUAACGUCAUCUGCCACAAACUCACCAAGAUGGGGGGCAUCACCCUUCCUCCAGGGAGCAUGACUUACGAACAACACAGACAGAAUCUUGAGAAUGUGUACAAUGAGAUGGGAUACGAGUACCACGAGUCAGUCCCAUUCUCUGUUAUUUCUAGGCAUCCAUACACCCAAAUGCUGAUGGAGACUUCAACAAACUUCCAGCUCAUUAAUAUACUGAAUACUGCCGUCCCAUCACGAUGAAAAGGAAUUCGAAUAGUUUUUGUUUAAUAUUUACUUUGUUGUUAAAUAAACAGAAAAUGCAACCAUA